CAGGAGCCGGGCCGGGCCGGCAGCGUGUGCAGCGCUGCACGAAAAUGCACUCGGAUGCCGCCGCUGUCAGAAUGCAGAGGCAGCUCCUGUCUGCUGUAUGCUGCAGUUUGGGAUUCUCAGUCUUCAGAUUUUCAACUGAAUUCUCAUCUGUCAACGCUGGCAAAUAUUCACAAGAUUUACCACACCCUCAAUAGGCUGAAUCUGACAGAGGACGUUGGUCAAGACAAUCACCAGACAGGAGAGAGCCUUUCAAAGAUUCGAAGAAUAGGAAGUCUUCGGUCUUGCAGUUCAUCAGACUGCUUUAGUAAAGUGAUGCCUCCAAGGAAAAAGAGGAGACCUGCAGCAGGAGAUGAUUUAUCUGCUAAGAAAAGUAGACAUGAUGGUAUGUAUAGAAAAUACGAUUCAACUAGAAUAAAAGCAGAGGAAGAAGAAGUCUUUUCAAGUAAGAGAUGCUUAGAAUGGUUCUAUGAAUAUGCAGGCACGGAUGACAUUGUAGGGCCAGAAGGUAUGGAGAAAUUUUGUGAAGACAUUGGAGUCGAACCAGAAAAUGUAGUUAUGCUUGUGCUAGCAUGGAAGUUGGAUGCACAAAACAUGGGCUACUUUACAUUACAAGAAUGGUUAAAAGGAAUGACAUCACUACAGUGUGAUACUACAGAAAAAUUGAGAAAUUCUCUGGAUUACUUGAGAUCUUUAUUAAAUGAGCCUGCCAAUUUUAAACUUAUUUAUAGAUAUGCCUUUGACUUUGCACGGGAAAAGGACCAGCGCAGCCUAGAUAUCAAUACUGCCAAGUGUAUGUUGGGCCUUCUUUUAGGAAAAGCAUGGUCCCUUUUUCCAGUGUUCCAUCAGUUUCUAGAGCAGCAAUCAAAAUACAAAGUUAUCAAUAAGGACCAAUGGUGUAACGUUCUUGAAUUCAGCAGAACAAUUAACCUUGACCUCAGUAACUAUGAUGAAGAUGGAGCCUGGCCAGUGUUGUUGGAUGAGUUUGUGGAAUGGUAUAAAGGAAAGCAGAUGACAUAGGAGUUUAACUAUGCACAGCCACUCAAGAGUCACUGUUACCACAGUUAUGUCAACCAUUAGCCAUAAACUGCUAUUUGUAUCAAAGUGCAUGCUGCUUUUCUUGCACUGCAUCCCUUUGGCAAGGAACUUUUGAUGUUUGCUAUUUAACAAGCUAGCUAUGCUUGCUGUUUAGCAUUGUUCUCUUUGAAGGCUGCUUUGCAUUUUGUAUUUACACUACAAAUUGGUGAACUUGCCAGAGUCUUCACUGUGAUUAUGUGUAUAUUGCUGUCUAAAUUUUGUAUAUGUGUAUAAAAAAAAGCUUCACCUAGGAAUUAUUUCUGCAGAAAUGUAUUGUAAAAAUAAUUUUGUGGCAUAUUUCUAAUCAGCACUUACAUGUCUGUUGAAACUUUAGUUAUUUUGUUUUUCUUUUGGUCUCAAAUGUAGCAUUUCAGUCUCUCUGGACAUAGUUAUGUGAAGAACUCUUUACGGUUUCAAUGUUACUAUUUGAGAUGCCAAUUUCUCAGAAGACAUGCUGUGAUUUCCUUCACCAGAAUUUGCCAAACCUGACCUAAUGCUUUAUAGGAAUGAAAUAUUGGUGUCUUAAAAAAUAUAUAUACAUAUAAAUAUUUAAACACUGUAAUAGUUGUACAUGCCACAGAUUAUUUCCAUUUGAAGAAAAAAGUACUGACUUUUUAAUGUUGAAACUGCAGUAGUCAUUACAGGUACAAAAGUGCAAAUUAAAGUACCUUUUAAAAAUGGG